AUGGCGCUUUAUUCCUUUUUCGACAAUGUCAACAACGUGUUUUAUUUGUAAUAAUUUAUAGACAGAGAAAGCCACAAUCUAUCGGAAUAAGCAACGCGGUGUGUCAUUUAUUAAAGUUCUGCUGACUGUAGAAGUGAAGUGUGUCUUUAAGCAGUGAUUUAGUGCUUCUGUUCGUCGAGAGAAAUGACCUGCCGUGAACUCAACUCCAGAACCUCGAAGCUUCUCAGUGAAAUCCACGAGAUUUAUCAAGAUAUCAGAGAAGAGUCAAUACAACCAGCAGAGACUUCUGGUAGGUCGGUGGAGAACACGGUGAUUCUGCUUAAAGAGAAAGCAGAAAGAGGAGAUUUGCAAGCCGCCUUCCUCCUGGGACAGUUACACUACGAGGAGGGCCGCUACGCAGAAGCAGAGAUCAUCUUUGAUGGCAUUAAAGAUGAAGAUCCUCGAGCUCUGUAUCAGCUGGCUGUCAUAUAUUACGAUGGCCUUGGAACCAAAGAAGACCUUCACAAGGCAAUUGAGUACAUGAGAACAGUUGCAUUCUGGGAUUCGUCCGAGGUGGGCUGUAUCAGAUACACAGCGCUGUAUAACCUGGGCCGGUCGUAUCUGGAGGGUUAUGGUGUCGAGGCGUCCAGCGCUGAAGCAGAGCGGCUUUGGCUCCUGGCAGCUGAUGAUGGAAACCCGAACGCUAGUGUGAAAGCACAGUCGUCUCUGGGCAUGUUUUACUGCAGACCGGAGACUCUGGACCUGAGAAAGGCGUUCGCGUGGCACUCGGAGGCGUGUGGUAACGGCAGUCUGGAGUCUCAGGGUGCUCUGGGCGUCAUGUAUCUGUACGGUCACGGCGUGCAGAAGGACCCCGACGCGGCCCUGUUCUGCCUGAAGGAGGCGGCAGAGAGAGGAAACGUCUACGCUCAGGGUCACCUGACGGCCUGCUACUACCACAGGAAGCUCUACUCCAGAGCAGCCGCCCUGGGAGAGAGGUACAGCGCAUCCUGCAGAAACCAUGAAGAACACCGUUUUGUUUUCUGUGGUAAAAACGGGUUUGUUUUAACUCUCAGAGUGUGUGGAUACGAGGACAUCAGUGCCAUAGCGCGGCACACGGACUGUCUGGAGGAGUACAUCAGAAAGGGCAUCGCUAUAGCCAUGUUUUACUACGCACGCUGCCUUCAGCUGGGCCGAGGCGUCCUGAAGAACAGAGACAGAGUGAAGAGCUACUUCUCACAGGCUGCCAGGAUCGAUCCAGAGAUCUGUAAGGAGCUGCAAAUGGACGUGGUGCACGGCAGGAUAUAAAUCACAAGUGCAACAGCAAUCACUCAUUUAAUCUCAUCACUGUAAUUGAUGGAUAUACAGUUGUGCUCAUGAGUAAGCAUAUCCCUUGCAGAAUAUGGAAAAUGUCAUUUCAUUUGAACUAAAUAAGGGGGAUCAUGGAAAUUGCAUGUUAUUUAUUUAUUUUAUUUAACACUGUCUUGAAUAAGCUAUUUCACGUAACAGAUGUUUAUGUAUUCUCUACAAGACAAAAUAAUAACAGAUUAUUUUUUUUAAAUAACUUAUUCAAAAGUUCUUUCUGUUUUGUGAUAGUUGUUCAUGAGUCCCUUUUUGGUCCUGAGCAGUUGAGCCUGCUGUUCUUCAGAAAAAUCCUCAAGCUCUGGCACAUUCUUUGGUUUUCCAGCAUUUUCUGCAAAUUUGAAACUUUUCCAAAAGUGACUGUAUGAUUUUGAUAUCCAUCUUUUGGACAGUUGGGGGACUCAUACAUAACUAUGGUAUAAGGUAGAAAGCAACAUUUACUGAUGCUCAAGAAGGCAACACAAUGCAUUAAGAGCUGGGGGUGCAACCUUUUGAAUUGUAUGAUCAGAGUAAAUUGUACUCAUUUUUUCUUGUGGGAAACAUUUAAAUAUUUGUGUAGCUUCUUGAGUGCAGUACCAGAUGAAAUAAACAUGAUCUUUAAACAAAAUAAGAAAAAUGUACAUAUCAUCAUCCUGUUCAAAAGUUUACACCCCCAGCUCUUAAUGCGUUGUGUUGCCUUCUUGAGCAUCAGUAAAUGUUUCCACCUUUUGUAAUAGCUGUUUAUGGAUCUCAAAAUCAUACAGUCACUGUUGGAAAGGGUUCAAAUAUUCAGAAGAUGCUGGAAAACCAAAGAAUGUGCAGGAGCUGGAGGAUUUUUCUGAAGAACAGCAGGCAGCUGCUCAGGAUAAACAAAUUACACUUGAACAGCUAUCACAAAAUAUAAAAACAUAAAUUUCAUCCAAGAAACAACACAAAGUAUUAAGGGGUAUGAAAACUUUUGAAUGGGGUAAUUUUUAUAAAUUCAGUUUUAUCAUUGUCUUGUGUGAAAUAGCUUAUUCAUGACAGCACUAAAUAAAAAAUAACAUGCAAUUUU